UAGCCUCGUUUUGGCACACAACGAGCAAAGCGACAAUUAUCCGCGUUAUAAUUAUCGAUUUAACGUUAAAUUUAUGUUCUUUCAACAUUUCGUUUAAUCUGUGCAAACUACGCGGGGUUUUUCCCAAUUCUAGUUUCUUAUUGUUUUUCUUCAUAUUCAAUUACUUUUAAAUUUUUAAUAAAAAUAUCGAGUCAAAUAUGUAAUUUUGAAAAACAAUAAUAUUAUUUAUCUAAAAGAUUAUGUGAAUUAAAUGAAAAAAUGAAUCAAGAAAUGCGCAGUGAUUCACCAAGUGAAAAACGUCAAGAUUCCAAAACGUCUUUUUUAAUUGAGGAUAUUUUGUACCGCGGUCAUAGACAACCAUUCAAACAGCCAGAACCAAGAAGGUUUGAUAGUGAACCUAAAUAUUUUCCAUCGGCCGCUGAAGUGAGGCCUCAUGUGCCAAGAGACGGUUAUUUGCAAGUGGCUAUGGGAGCUUUAGGGGCAUAUUUACACACGCCCAACACUUAUAAGGCUGUGGAGACACCGUAUUUUUUGUCACAAGGUGUGCCCUACCACGCCUUAUUUACUCCGUCGGAGCUGUCACUAUCAGCAUUGAAGCACUGCCGCCGAAGGAAAGCAAGGACUGUAUUUUCUGAUCCACAAUUAACAGGCCUGGAAAAACGUUUUGAGUCUCAACGCUACCUGUCAACACCAGAAAGAGUGGAACUAGCUGGUGCCCUCAACCUUUCUGAGACGCAAGUAAAAACUUGGUUUCAGAAUCGAAGGAUGAAGCAUAAGAAACAGAUGAGGAAAUUGCAACAAAAAGGUUCUACUGCGGUGGACUUCACGACUAAACACACGAUGAAAUGUUCUCAGGAUGAUUCCCGAAUAUCAACAACUCACACUUCAGACUCCGAAUCGGAACACAGUGACAGCGAUAUUGAUAUCGUUGGCGAAUCGAAUUACGCACAUCACUACUCUAACACGUAAAGUUGUUAGACGUUCAAAUAAAAUACUGUUUUAUUGAAUUAAAUCGAUUUGAACUAGAAGACAGGGUGUCUUACACAUUAUAUUUAACCUUUAUCAUUUGCCUCAGUCGUUACUAUCUCUAAACACGCGUUGAAAAUCGUACAUUUGAUUUAAAUUAAAUAUUGUAUUAUUAAUACUGUAAUGUCUUACCCAGUUUACCUUUUUAGUAGAUACACACCAAAAUUUCGCCAUAGAGUUCGCUUUCCCAGAAUGAAAGCUGGUUUUUAAGUUUUUCCGUACAAUUUUUCUCUCAUAACCUUUCUCAGAUUUCAAGGAAUAUUAAAAAAAUUGGUAUUGAUCCAGCCGUCUUCAAGUUUUGCACUUAGCAUAUUUUUCGAUUAAUAUCUAUUUAUAUAUAUAAUUUAUAACAAUACUUCUACUUCAAGGUUUUUUUUCAAUAAAAAAGUAUUUUAAAAUG